AAGACACUAGCAAAUGCAGCAAGGCAGCGGCGGCGCUCAGCGAGUGCUGUAGCAGCGCUUCAAGCAACGGCAUCGUAGCGCUCGUACGCAUUGCUUGCACGCGACGCCGCAGCGCAUCGCUUCGUAGCGGAGACGCAGGCGGCUGCGGUGCAAAGUAGCAGCAACAAGCAGCACUACACGAAAGCGCAGCGCGCCACAACGAGCCACCAUGGGCAAGGGCGGCAUGGACUACAAGGGCCAGAAGCUCUCGGAACAAAUUUAUCUAGUACUGAUCCCGGCCGUCGGGUCCGUCGCGUGGGUCUUUGGGUACCUCGCGCAGGACUUCAAAACCACUUUUUAUGGGUGGCUCGCCGGUUUAGUAUUGGCCAUGCUCAUCUGCGUGCCCGACUGGCCCAUCUUCAACCGGAAUCCCACUCCUUGGUUGGAGGAGAUCCCGUCGGCGCGCAAGCAAACGGUGGUCGAUGACGACGACGAGGACGACGCGCCCGCGAAGGCUACGAAGGCGAAGAAGAAGAAGGGGGGGAAAUCGUGACAUAGUCUACUCCUCGCGGAGGCGCCGCAUCGGCAUGCUUCGGCGUGACUAAGGCUCGGGGCGACGGCGUGCGAGGGCCGGGGGCCGGGGGCGGGG